GUAUUACACCGGAUGACGUGUUGGGGCAUCGUCUUCGUGGAAGAAAUACUAACAAUUUAUUUUUGGGUGUACGGUUUUAAAUAAACGUGCAUUUGACAACGGCUGUACAUACAUCAAUUACUGACAGCAUGUAUUCAAUACUUGCAGCGUUAAUUUUCAUAAAUAUAGGCGCAAAUGCCUUUUAUUUACCUGGCUUGGCACCUGUGACCUACUGCGAAGAGGGGUCGGCAUCAGAUUCGACAGAAUGCAAGGUUGAUGUUCCUGUGUUUGUAAACAGAUUGAACUCCCUGGAAACUGUGAUACCAUAUGAAUAUGAUAAAUUUGACUUGUGCAGUGAUGUCGAUGGAGACCAUUCUCCAGUCGAGAACCUUGGACAGGUCGUAUUUGGAGAGAGAAUCCGUCCAUCUCCAUACAAGCUGAAGUUCAAGAAAGAUGUGUCCUGUGCUGAAGUCUGCAAAAAGGAAUACCAACCUAAUGACAAAGACACAACAACAAAACUGAAUUUCAUGAGGAAAAGUAUCGAGUUGAACUACAAUCAGCAUUGGAUCAUUGACAACAUGCCCGUAACUUGGUGUUACCUGGUUGAAGACGGAAAUCAAUAUUGUUCCAGAGGAUUCCCACUUGGAUGUCUGGUUACUAAGCAACUGAAGAAGAAAGACAGUUGUGUGAUGAGUGCAAGGUUCAGUGAAGCCAAUACAUACUACUUCUUCAAUCACGUUGAUUUGACGAUAAUUUAUCAUCCUGGAGAUACGGAAGAAUGGGGCCGCUCAAUCCUCAGUGGUGGACGAAUUAUUUCUGCAAAGAUCGAACCAAGGAGUGUUGCGUAUGAUGAAAAUGCAGAAGGGGACUUUAAGUGUAGAAACGAGAAUCCAAUGGGCAUCAAAGGUGGCAAGUUGGAAAAGAAAACAACAGUCAGAUAUACCUACUCUGUUAAGUGGAAGGAGAACAAGGAUAGCAAAUGGUCCUCAAGAUGGGAUUACAUCCUGGAGUCUAUGCCUCAUACCAACAUUCAGUGGUUCAGUAUAAUGAAUUCUCUCGUGAUUGUGUUGUUCCUGUCUGGUAUGGUAGCUAUGAUCAUGUUAAGGACACUUCACAAAGACAUUGCCAGAUACAACCAGAUUGAUAACUCCGAAGAUGCUCAGGAAGAAUUUGGCUGGAAGUUGGUGCACGGAGACGCAUUCCGGCCCCCACGACGUGGAAUGUUGCUCUCCGUCUUUAAUGGCUGUGGUGUACAAAUGUUUUUCAUGACUUUAAUUACUUUAAUAUUUGCCUGCCUCGGAUUUUUAUCACCAGCCAAUAGAGGAGCGUUGAUGACUUGUGCCUUGGUAUUAUAUGUUUGUCUGGGAACUCCUGCAGGAUAUGUUUCGGCAAGAUUGUACAAAACUUUUGGAGGAGAAAAAUGGAAGUCAAAUGUUAUUCUAACUGCCUUUUUGUGUCCAGGGAUUGUGUUUGCCCUAUUCUUCAUACUGAAUCUUGUCCUGUGGAUUGAGGGAUCCAGUGCGGCUAUUCCAUUCACCACGCUGCUGGCUCUGCUUGCGCUCUGGUUCGGUAUUUCCGUUCCACUGACAUUUGUUGGAGCUUACUUUGGUUUCAAGAAAAGGCCUAUUGAGCACCCAGUGAGAACCAAUCAGAUCCCAAGACAGAUUCCAGAUCAAACAAUCUACACAAAACCAUUGCCUGGCAUCGUCAUGGGUGGAGUGCUUCCAUUUGGAUGCAUCUUCAUUCAACUUUUCUUCAUCUUAAAUAGUAUUUGGUCGGCACAGACUUACUACAUGUUUGGAUUUUUGUUCCUUGUCUUCGUUAUACUCAUUAUUACAUGUUCUGAAGCAACAAUCCUUCUAUGCUACUUCCACUUGUGUGCAGAGGACUAUCACUGGUGGUGGCGAUCAUUUUUGACGAGCGGGUUCACUGCUGUGUAUUUCUUCAUCUACUCUAUCCAUUACUAUGUGUCUAAACUGGAGCUACAGGGAGGAGCGAGUACAUUCCUAUACUUCGGAUACAUGCUCAUUGUUGUAUUCCUUUUCUUCUUGUUGACUGGAUCAAUUGGUUUCUUUGCCUGUUUCUGGUUUGUGACCAAGAUCUACAGUGUUGUAAAGGUCGACUAAAGGUCAAGGUCACAGCUCAACAAGGAUAGGACGUUAAAUAGAUGAAGGGGGUCAAGAAAUUUGGGGAAUAUUAGCUUGGGUGAAUAAACGUGCAUUUUUUAUAUGACUGAUUUUACUGACAAGAAAUUAAUAAUGAAAAAAAAAAACAUUUCAGGAAAAUAAAAAGAUAGAAAUUAAGUUAAUACAUUAAAUUCCUUGUUAUGACAAAAAUGAAAACUGCACAAGUAUUCAAGGAAACAAUGAUUUUGAAUGCCUAUUAUAUUGAAGAAAAAGAAGUGUUUAAAAUCUUCCUUUGUUUUUAUUUAUUUGAUUGAAUUUAUUUUUAAUUUAUUGCAAGCUGUGCUACACAUUAGUUGAACUAAGGUUAAUCAACACCAUUUAUCGUGACAUGGUCUUUAGAAUUUGACUUUAUAUCGUAUUAAGUUGACACAUUUGUUUCGGUCAGAAUGCAGUGAUCACCCGAUAUUUGGGCAUGUGAAAUGGUAUAUCAUAUUUAUAUAUCAUUGUUUUAGUGGUGUGAUAUUUUAUAUUGUCAUUCAUAUUCUUGUUUAGAAAAUGGCUUAAUUGUGCUGACUUGCUGCGAAAAUCCAUUCAUUUUUUUUUAUAAUUUGAGGAAAAUAGAAAAAAAGAGAGAGCCUUAGAAUGGAUACAUUGAGUUGUUUUAAUCAGAUUGUAGAUUCGUUUUAUACAGUGAUUCUGUUGUGCGAGUUUCUGUUUUAGUAAUAAUUGUUUUAGCAAUUAUUACGGAUGACCUAAGUUAGGUUGCAUGUAUGAGAGCUAAAUAUAGCAAAGUAGCUCUUUGAAUUUACUUAAAUAUUCAUGGCAAAUGAGAGGUUAGGAUGUCGAGGUGCUUAUGUGUAGACAUAUGUGAAGAACAUACCUUUUGUAAACAGUAUCUGCAGCAAAAAAAUACUAGACAUUUUGUAAAAAGAGUUGCACAAUGUAAAUCUGCCAAUUUUAAACUUCCGAUUAGUUUUCAUUGUGUUUGAUUAAAAUUACAUGUACAUUAAAAUCAAAGUUUUGUAUAUUGACAUGUCAUAAAAAAAAAUGAAAUCCUACAUAUAUGCAUACUUAUUCUAGUAUGCAAUCUUUAACCUCUCAUUUUUUUCCCUGAUAUAUGACAAAGAGUAAAGAUAAUGUUAGAUCUUUUGAUUAUUAUCAAGUGAAUGAUUGUAUUCUUAUGCCAUUCUUUGGCUGUUCCUUUUUUUCUUUUUCCUGAAAUUGAAUUUUCACCUUGUUCAAAAAGUGUGAAUUUGUUUGUGAUAUCCUGUAUAUAUAUAUAUAUAAGAUCGUAGAUGAUGUACAUAUUCUGUCAUUAUGAAUUGAGUGUAAUUUACUUACAUAUAAAAAAAAUGUCACAUAAUGUAUUGUAAAUUUAAAUAAUGAAAAAAAUCGCAGUUAGAAUGUUGGGGUUGUUUUUAGUCCAAUGGAAAAAAUGUUUUUGAUUAUGCGAAGUUUUUACAAAACAAAAACAAAAAAAUUACAAAAGUUUGCUCGUCAGAAUUAGUUUGUCUUGUUCUGCAGCGAAGUAUUUGACUUUGUCAGCAGAGAGAAUGAAAAGCAAUUUCGAUAAAUGAGCCGCGCCAUGAGAAAACCAGCAUAGUGGCUUUGCGACCAGAAUGGAUCUAGACCAGCCUGCGCAUCCGCGCAGUCUGGUCAGGAUCCAUGCUGUUCGCUAAAGGUUUCUUUAAUUGCAAUUGGCUUUGAAAGUGAACAGCAUGGAUCCUGACAAGACUGCGCGGAUGCGCAGGCUGGUCUGGAUCCAUGCUGGUCGCAAACCCACUAUGUUGGUUUUCUCAUGGUGCGGCUCAAAUGUUUUAUGUGUUUACAUGAGGAGAUUUUUCAUGUGCAAUGUGACAAGCUGUUUACUGAAAUAUUACAAUUGUCAUUGAUUAAAUUCCUGUAGAAACUACAUUUACAACACGUUGUGGGAAUUUAAUUGAAAGAAACAAAUUGUACAGAGAUUGAAAGUCAGAAAUCAGAAUAGAAUAGAAAUUGUAGUCAUAUUAGUGAAUUACUACUUUUGCCUUUUCAUAUAACAAUACUAAUUCAUUUUAACCAUUUUAUAUUCUCUUUUUAAAAGGGCAUUUAAAGUGCUUAAAUGCAAAGCGAAACUCAAUGAAUCUGCCAUUAAGGUAGUUCUGCACGUUUGAUAAACCGGAAGUAAUGGCGUAACGUCAUUUAUCCGGAAAACGUAAAAUAAAACCUGGACUUGGCAUACAGAAAUGAAAAUCAGUUUAUGAAUUAAUGGCAAUUUGUGAGUAAAUUUAUUAUAGUGGCACUGUUUCUAUCUUUUUAAAGAUAAAAUUUGAUAUUAAAACAUCUGACAUGUUAGAUAAUUCAAAAUAAUGUCUUAAAAUUAGCUUGAAAUGGGUAGUUUUCUUUAAUUGUGGUCAGAUAUCUCAAAAACAAGCACGUGGGCAUUUUCAUCACAUUAUAGGCUAUAUGUUUAUUUAUGACUGUGAGAAAUUUGCAUUAAAAUCUACAUUGUAGAAAAAUUUCUAUUCGCGAAAAUGUUAUGCAAGUUGUGAUUUUCCCAUAGGUCCUAUUAUGAAAAAUUUCAUUUGGUCCAAAUUUUUCAAAUCAGUCUAGCAAAAAAUCGAGCUCUCAACCCUAUCUUGUAUUUGCUGAAUUUUCUAAGUAUAUUCCCAAGAUCUGAAAAAUCAAGACUUUAAUGAAAUUCUACAUUUUAGAAAAAUGUUCGAUCCGAGUGUGCAGAACUACCUUAAGAUGCCUGUUUCUGUUGUUACAUUUUGACAUUAGAGAGGUUGGUUUUUCAAGACUUAUUAAUCUGCACAUGUAUAUAGUAUAACUAGGAAAUGUUCAGUUGAAUGAUUUUAUUGCUUCACGUAAAUAUCACAUUGAAAAUGCGGAUUUAGAUGUUAGAAGUAGCUAAUGAAAGUGCAGUGAAAAUUGUUCUAAAUAGUAACAUUUAAGGAGCUUUUUAAAGAUAAAGAACAAAAGCCUCGAGUAAGUGAACUUCUACUAAAUCCCAGCCUCUUAACUAACGGCGUUACACUCGCAGUUAUUGUAUGCAUAAAUUAUGCAUUACUUUCGUAAGUUUACAGUAUUUUUAUUGAGAUAAUGUCGUUCUUUUUAUUGCAUUGCCACAGAAACAAAGUGUGAAUGUUGUUUUCUUUGUUCUUUGUUGAUAAAAAAUUAAGUAUAGAAUCUCUUGUGAAAAAUGUUAGAUAUGUUAUUACUACUAAUUUUAUUAGAAAUUGUAAAUAUGUAGCAAAAUGUUGGAAACAUGGAUUUUACUCAAAACAUGUAACUGACGUUUUUGUUACUGUUUUACAAAUGGUGGGAUAUUAUGUCUUUGGUUUCUUUUUAGCUCGACUAUUUGAAGAAUAGUCUAGCUAUACUACUCACCCUGGCGUCGGCCUCGCCGUCACACCUUGGUUAAGUUUUUGCAUGCAAGUACAUACAGCUAUCAUUUAAAGGCAUAUAGCUUUGAAACUUAUUUAUUCUUUUUCUAGGUCAAUUACCAACCUCACUGGGUCAAGUUCCAUAACUCUAACAUGUAUUUUGAGCAAAUUAUGCCCCCUUUUGGACUUGUUAAAGUUUUACAUGCAAGUUACUAUCUCCAAAACUAAUGCAGAUAUUGAAUUGAAACUUCACAUGUGUCUUCGGGGUUAUAAAACUAGUUGAUAGCAUCAAGUCCCAUAACUCUGACCUUCAUUUUGGCCAAAUUAUGCCCCCUUUUGGACUUAGAAAAUCUGGUUAAAGUUUUGCGUGCAAGUACAUACAGCUAUUACUAAAAGGCAUAUAGAUUUGAAACUUAUUUUUUUCUUUUUCUAGAUCAAUUACCUACCUCACUGGGUCAAGUCCCAUAACUCUGACAUGUAUUUUGGGCAAAUUAUGCCCCCUUUUGGACUUAGAAAAUCCUGGUUAAAGUUUUACAUGCAAGUUACUAUCUCCAAAACUACUACAGAUAUUAAAUUGAAACUUCACAUGUGUCUUCGGGGUUAUAAAACUAGUUGAUAGAAUCAAGUCCCAUAACUCUGACAUGUAUUUUGGGCAAAUUAUGCCCCCUUUUGGACUUAGGAAAUCCUGGUUAAAGUUUUGCGUGCAAGUACAUACAGCUAUUACCAAAAGGCAUAUAGCUAUGAAACUUAUUUAUUCUUUUUCUAGGUCAAUUACCAACCUCACUUUGUCAGGUUCCAUAACUCUUAACAUGUAUUUUGAGCAAAUUAUUUGGACUUAGAAAAUUCUGGUUAAAGCUUUACAUGCCAGUUACUAUCCCUAAAACUACUGCAGAUAUUGAAUUGAAACUUAACAUGUUUCUUCGGGGUUAUAAAACUAGUUGAUAGCAUCAAGUCCCAUAACUCUGAUAUGCAUUUUGGUCAAAUUAUGUCCCCUUUCGAACUUAAAACUCUUUCGAUAUUUAACAUUUUGGGUAAUAAUUUCCUGCUUCUGUGACAAUAUUUCGAAUAGUCGAGCUUGGCUGUCUUAUGGACAGCUCUUGUUAUUGUAAAUGUAGCUGUUUUUGCACUUGUGUAAAUGCUGCACAAUGUAUUUGAAGAAUGAAAGGAUUUUGAAAUAUCAACUGCUGCAUUAAAUCUGUUGCAGCUUCACAGCAACAGUUAUCUGUUUUACUUAAAAACACUUUUAACAUUUAAUCAUUUUGACAGUUGCAAACUUUUCGAGAAUGUUGUGAAUUUUUACUUCUGGUCUUGAUAAAAUUGUUUUCUUUUGGAUACCAUGACAGAUCAUGACGGUGCAAGGUUGAUCAAACUGACAAAAAAAAGCACAAAUAUUUUAGAUCUUUGGAGUUAAAUAAUUUAAACAAUACUGAAAAGCCAAGUUAAAUCCGAUAACUUAACCAUUAACCUGCUGGCAGCAUGUGUUUCUGCCUUUGCGACCAGUGCAGACUAAGAUCAGCCUGCACAUCUUUGCAGGCUAAUCAUGGUCUGCACUGUUCGCUAUUCAGUCAGUAAAUUUUCAGUGAACAUGCCUCUGAAUAAUAAAUGGUAUUGCCCAAGUUGAAUGAUGGACCGGUCCGUUUUAGAAAUUCAGUAGACUAAAGGUUAAAGCCUUCCUCAGUAAUCUGGUAAAACAAAAGAGCCCUUGUAAGGUUUUUCAUUAGAACUUCAGACUUUUCGGGUAAUGCUUAAAUCCAUGUUUUAUUUUAACAUGCAGGGUAUGUUUGUAUUACGCAAUAUCCACUAUUACCUAUUUAGUAUAAUACACUAAACGUUGAAGUAAUACUAACAUUGAAUGUGUCAAGUAGUGUUCUAUACUUAACAUAAAAGUUUUGAGUUUAAUACUUAACGUUUGAAAAUUUGUUUUUAUUUAUUGAGUGCAUACGCUAUAAUGUGAAUGAAGAUGUGUAUUUUGAAUGUGUUAUAUCUUAAUAUAUUUGAUUUAUCUAUGACAAGUGUUUGUACAUAUUGAGGUAUAAGAUACUAUAUUUGUUAUGAAGAUUUUCUUAUUAGUUACAAUUAUUCUGUAAAAUGUGGAAAAAAAUGUGUAUCAGGGCUUCGUAUCAUGUCAUUAAUUCAUAGUAAUUGCUGAUAAAACUUGUUCCACAUUAGGUGUUUUAGAAAUAUUAUGCAGUUCAAAUAGUCUGUUCCAGCAUAAUUUAAUUGUACAUAUUUCAGCAAAGUUGUAAAGUUAGAGGACAAGCUUUUUAACUUCCUUUGUUUUCAAAUAAUUUAAUGUAGCAUUAUGUGAAAUGAGACAAACUACAGAAUAUUUCUUGGUAUUCAAAAUCACCAGUAGGCAGUUGAUUAGGACAUACAUAGUAGAGAACAUUCAUGUAGAAUUGCCUUUAAAAACAUUUAUGUUGAAUUGUCUAUGAGAACAGACACGUAGAACUGUCUGUGAGAACAUACAUGUAGAACUAUCUGUGAGAACAUACAUGUAGAACUGUCUUUGAGAACAUUCAUGUUGAAUUGUCAGUGAGAACAUACAUGUAGAAUUGGCCUUGAACAUACAUAUAGAACUGUCGAUGAGAUCAUAUAUAGAACUGUCUGUGAGAACAUACUUGUAGAACUGUCUGAGAACAUACAUAUAGAACUGUCAGUGAGAACAUACAUGUAGAAUUGUCCUUGAACAUACAUAUAGAACUGUCGAUGAGAUCAUAUAUAGAACUGUCUGUGAGAACAUACAUUUUGAAUUGUCUAUGAUUGUGAUCUUGAUCUACAACCCUGUAUGUGGUAAACUGAAAUAAAUAUUUCAGAUUUAAAUAGA